CUUCCGCUUCCUGCCGCACGCGGCCAUUUCUCGUCGGUUUUCCGUGCGGCUUUCAUUAAGAGUCUGUCUCUCCUGCUCCGAGGGCCGCCGUGCUUCCUGGAGAGUGGUGAGAGCGCGGGGCCGCCGCCAUGACUGAGGCUGAUGUAAAUCCGAAGGCCUACCCCCUCGCAGAUGCCCACCUUACCAAGAAACUACUGGACCUUGUCCAGCAGUCAUGCAACUACAAGCAGCUUCGGAAAGGAGCCAAUGAGGCCACUAAAACUCUCAACAGAGGCAUCUCUGAGUUCAUUGUGAUGGCUGCAGAUGCUGAGCCCCUGGAAAUAAUCCUGCACCUCCCCCUGCUGUGUGAAGACAAGAACGUGCCCUAUGUGUUUGUGCGCUCCAAGCAGGCUCUAGGACGAGCCUGUGGGGUCUCCAGGCCUGUCAUUGCUUGUUCUGUCACCAUCAAAGAAGGCUCCCAGCUGAAGCAGCAGAUCCAGUCCAUUCAGCAGUCCAUUGAAAGGCUCUUAGUCUAACCAGUGGCCUCAGCUGUACUUUCCCUCUGACUCUCCCCUCCUGCCAAGAUUGUGUAUCAUAUUGUCUGUUAGCAUGUAGUAUUUCCAACUUUCUAUUAUAAAAUAGUCACAUGGAA